CAGAGCAAAAUGGUGAAGCAGGAGGCGUGCACAUUUAGUCUGUUGAAAAUUCCAGCUGGUAAAGGGAAGAAAUACGCGAGGACAGACGGUAAAAUAGCCUACUUCCUGAACAAGAAGUGCGAGACACACUUCAAACUGAAAAGGAAUCCCCGAUUGUUCCGAUGGGGUGCAGUGUACAGGAGGAAGAGGGAGAAGCAGCAGAAGGACACGAAGAAGGCCAAGAAGAUAGUUGUGAAAUCUUCUGUGCUCACUAGAGGUAUUGCCGGCAUAACUAUGGAUGAACUCCUCAAGAAAAAGAAUGAAAAGCCAGAGGUCAGAAAAGCGAAGCAGGAGGCAGCCAUUCGAGCUGUCAAGGCCAAGAAACGAGAAGUGUCUGAGAAGAAAAAGGCAGAGAAGGCACAGGUGAAGGCAGCCGCACCCAAACCCGCCAAGAACCAACAGAAGAUCAAGAACCCACAGAAGCCCAAGCAACAGGGCAAGUCCCGAUAGGAUGAGGAACCAACCACACUGGACUGAUCAGAACAGAGCAAGAGAGCAUGCCUCAACAGAAAAUUGUUCUCUUCUGGGAUGUUUUGAACUGAUAAUGUGUUUUAGUUCGUUCGCCACACAAUGUCUGGCACGAGUUUUGUUAUCAAGAAGUAAUAUAGUGUUAUGCUUUUCGUAAUUCAAAACUUGUCCAGACUA